GAAGUAGACUAAUCAAAUCAAGCGUCGGUGAUCAGCUGCGCUGAACAUGAAAGCAUGUCUACAGCGAAAAUAUUUUCCUGAAAUUCUAGUUUUUAACAGAUUCCUUGCAUGCAGUCAUCAAAGUAUUUUGAGGGUGACCAGUAAUAAGAUAUUAUCAGUGUAUCAAAUACAUGUAUACAUUUCAAGAAAGGAAUGAAAGACGAAUGGAAACUGGAGGAACAGAGACGUCCCCGCGUUACUGUGUGUUGAACACAUGACUGCAGUGAAUGCAUGCGGGAGAUUUUCACAAUCAAUCUUUGUUUUGAUCAGGAGCAUCUCGUCAAAUAAAAACACAACAUGCUUCGGACAACAUGGAUUGCGAUGCUUCUAGGUUUCUGGUCGUCCUUAUAUCUUGCUGAUACAUAUCUGAAGACUAACAGACGAUGUGGGGAGCAGUACACAUCCUUCCAGGAGCGUUGCGGACUGUCUGUGUCCAUCGCCCAUCUCAAAUGCUACACCACCAAGUUCAACCGUCUCUUCAUAAGACUAGGCCAGUGCAAGCCUCGGCUCCUAAGAUAUUGGUUCACGUGUGGUGCAUGCUUUGGUGUGGUGUUGAUGUUUGUUGCUGUAGCACUGCUCCUCAUGACGUUAGUCAAAGCUUUCUCACAAGAUAAACCAGAACAGGUCCUAACGCCAGUGAUGCCUGGUGUGAAUCUACCAUUGAAUCAGAUCACUUAUUUCUUUGCUGUUCUUCUCAUCAGUGGCAUCAUACAUGAGCUUGGACAUGCUAUAGCUGCUGUCAGAGAGAAUGUGAGAGUGAACGGCUUUGGUGUGUUUGUGAUGUUGAUCUACCCUGGUGCCUUUGUAGACCUCCACACUGAGCAUCUCCAAGCACUCAACGCUAUCGGUCAGCUAAGGAUCUACUGUGCAGGAGUUUGGCAUAACUUUCUACUGGUCAUUUGGGGUGUAGUUGUCUUGAUGACCAUGCCAUAUCUACUUAGCCCUCUCUACUUGACCGGUAAUGGUGUGGUCAUUACAGAGGUCUCACCUAACUCUCCAGUUUAUGGUCCGAGAGGUCUUGCAUCAGGCUACCAGGUAACAAGUAUCAAUGGCUGUCCGGUCUACAACACAGAGACAUGGACACAGUGUCUCAGAGGAGUAGUCUUCUAUCCAGUCUUUGGUCAUUGUAUGCCAGCAGGCAAGGCGCAACAACUCAACAAGGCUAUCAAAAUGUAUAAAGGAUCAAGAGGAGAGUUAGAAUGCUGUAGGAACGACAGCAUAUCAGAACUGUGCUUUACAUAUAGACUAGGAGAGGGAGCUCAAAAACCAGAAAAGAUGUAUGCUUGUUUAGAAGCUAGACCUGUGACGGAGCUACCAAGAUGUCACAAGGCAAGUGAUUGCCUCCAAACCAGAAAGAUGGUCUGUCUGCAUCCUUCCUUGGAUAACUCUAGUCGUCUUCUCAGAGUUGCUCAUAACUCAGGUCCUCCAGUGCUCUAUGUAGGGGAUCCAUACUUCUUUAGCUAUACAGUGAGGAUCAGCAGUUAUGUUCCCAAGUAUGACUGGCUACCUCUUACACUGCCUGAGGUUAUAGAGAUGUUCUGCAAAUAUUUAAUCUCCCUGUCAGGUGCUUUAGCAAUCCUCAACGCAAUGCCGUGCUAUGCCUUGGAUGGGCAGUGGAUUCUGAUGGCAGCCGUGGAAUACUUUUUACCUAGUGUAAUAACCAACCCUUCUGAUCGUAACGUCAUCUACAGUCUAAUCAUGAUCUUCGGUACAAUCAUCCUCAUUGCUAAUGUUGCUCUUGCCAUGUUUACAUUAGUUGCUAGCUAGCAGAGGAAAUCGUGGGAUAGGGUGGCAAUAUUUUUGUAUUUUUUUAAUGAUCAUUUUUCAAUUUUGUGUACAUCUUUUGUAAGUGUUGUGGGGAUUAUGAAUAUUCCUGAACAUAAUAAAACUUAUGAAAGGUACAAUAUUUUGUAUGAAUACAGCUAUUUCUGUACAAAGUGAAUAAACUAUUUUGUUUUGCAGUAAAUGUUACAUUGUAUGCAUGCUUCCAUGUAGAACUGAAAUCAUUUGGGCAAUGUCUCACAAACAUUUUGAGUAUAUGUUUACCAACAUCCCAUUGUAACAUGUGCUUUAUAAUCAAACAUGUUUAUCAGGGGGUGUUUGCGAACAUUUAUGGCUGUUUUGUGAAACGAUACCCUGUAUCCCUUUUUCUAUCUUUAUACUUAGAUGUAUGAAUUCAUCUGUUAAACAUGGUUUGUCUUUAUUUCUUUAAGCCCAUAAAAUGUUCUCAGUUGUUUCAUACAUCAAAGGUACUAUGGUAUGUCCCAUUUGCAGGCCAAAAAAAUGAAAAAGUUAAAGUCCAACGGCAUUUGAAAGAUAAUACUAAUUUAGAACUUCCCUAAAAAAAAGGGGGGGGGGGGCUUGGAGUGGGAAAGUAACGACUAUUAGUUGUAGAAUCGACUUAAGUGCUACCAAGUCAGUAAGUAAUAGUCUGAUUUACAGAACUUUGUAUUGAAUGGUCGUUCGUUUUGUGCUGCGCAAAAAUUAAAUCAGUUUAAUUUUGGCCAUUACAGGAAGUGGGUUAUUGAUGCAGAGAAAUGCUCAUGUGCCCUUCACAUAUUUUAUGACCAAA